CCACUUGAAACUGGAGAGCAAAAGCCUCCUCAUUCAAAGCAAAAGGGUGCCCUUCCUAGCAGGUGAGAAAUGGGCAUUGCAUUUAGUUUCCUACUGCUCAAGGGAGCAAAUCUCAGGCAACAGAGACAGUCUGAUAUCCAAAACGUCCACUACUUCGCUGCAACUGUAAUAGUUCUAGCAGUCAUAUAUUUUUGUACCAAGAGGAAACAUGUCUACCUAGUAGAUUUCACUUGCUACCGACCCCCUGAUCACUGCAGAACCCCACUUUCUACAUUGCAUGAAUGUGCAAUUUGUGCCAAGGAAUUUGAUCAAGAGAGCAUCUCUUUCCAGUUGAAGACUAUCCAACGGUCUGGUAUUGGGAGUGAGAGUUGCAUUCCAAGUUCAGUUCACAGUUGGCCCCGUGACAGCUCUCUGGCUAGUUCAAGAGAAGAAGUGCAGACUGCCUUAUGCACCAUAGUAAAAGACCUCUUAGAUAAGCAUGGCAUUAAACCAGAGUCCAUUGACAUUCUCAUCUCGAACUGCAGCCUGUUUAGUCCUACUCCAUCGAUUGCUGCCAUGAUCAUCAACUGGUUCGGUAUGAAGAGUGAUAUUAUGAGUUUCAACCUUUCUGGGAUGGGCUGCAGUGCAGGAAUUUUAUCAUUAGCUUUGGCAAGAGAUCUACUCAAAGUCCACAAAAACUCUCUUGCUCUUGUUGUUAGCAUGGAAGCAUUAACUCCACAUGCGUAUCCAGGGAAAGACAAGUCCAUGCUGUUAAGCAACUGCUUAUUCAGACUGGGUGCUGCUGCUAUACUGCUGAGCAACAGGGAAUACGAUAAAAGGAAAGCCAAAUAUGAUCUUCAGUACCUAGUUCGUACACACAGCGGUUGGAAAGACAAAUCCUACAAUUGUGUUUACCAAAAACCCGACUCAGAAGGCCACGUUGGAGUUUCUCUAUCAAGGGAUGUGCUAAAUGUAGCCGGUGAAGCGCUAAAAUCCAACAUUUCUCGUGUUGGUCCUCUUGUUUUACCGUUUUCAGAGCAAUUCCAGUAUGGCUUGUCCAUGAUUAGGCAAAAACUAGUUAAGGCGCCAAAUCCUCUGUAUGUUCCUGAUUUCAAGAAGGCUUUUGAGCACUUUUGUAUUCAUGCAGGCGGAAGGGCUGUAAUUGAUUCGGUGGUAAAGAACUUGAGAAUGGAAAAUGAACAUGCAGAGCCUUCAAGGAUGACAUUAUACAGGUUUGGAAAUACAUCUUCAUCUUCCAUCUGGUAUGAACUUUCUUAUAUUGAAGCAAUGGGGAGAAUGAAGAAAGGAGACAAAAUCUGGCAGAUUGCUUUCGGAAGUGGAUUCAAAUGCAGUAGUGCCGUCUGGAAGUGUAUAUCAGAAAUCGCAAAGGAAGAAAACAAUGCAUGGUCUGAUGAAAUUCACAGAUACCCAGUACAGAUACCAACUAAGUUUGAUUAUUGAUUGGUCCUCCCGUUACCCAUCCACGCUCAUAACACGCUGGCAUACACUACCUCCAACUAGAACAAUCCACUAGCUAUAAAAGAAGAAAUAAACCCAAUGGCAAG